CAUCCAAAAGAGAAGAAGAAGAACAAGAACAAGAAGAGGAAAACUCUCAGGUAUCAUCGAAUGAUAUGAUAUCAUUUGCUCAAAUCCAUUAAAAUCCCGAAGAAUUCGCGACUCCUCCUUCUUCGAUCUACCGAAACCCUAACCCUAAUUCCUCUUCUCUGUGUUGUGGAUUGGCGGGGAGGCCGGGAGCGAUGAGCGCGCCGAAGAAGCGGAACUUCAAGAUCGAGGCGUUUAAGCAUCGGGUGGAGAUUGAUCCCAAGUAUGCUGAGAAAACGUGGAGGAUACUCGAGCAUGCCAUACAUGAGAUCUAUAAUCACAACGCCAGUGGCCUCUCCUUCGAGGAGCUCUAUAGGAAUGCAUAUAAUAUGGUGCUGCACAAAUAUGGAGAAAAACUGUACUCAGGACUUGUAGCCACUAUGACAUCUCAUCUAAAAGAAAUAUCAAGAUCGAUAGAGGCUGCUCAAGGUGGUUUAUUUUUGGAGGAGCUGAACAGAAAGUGGGAGGAACACAACAAGGCAUUGCAAAUGAUUCGAGAUAUAUUGAUGUACAUGGAUAGAACUUUUGUUCCAAUCAAUCAUAAGACACCUGUUCAUGAGCUUGGACUUAAUUUAUGGAGGGACAAUAUAAUCUACUCCAGCAAAAUACAGAUGAGGUUACUUGACACGCUUCUUGAACUUAUUCAGAGAGAGAGGACAGGAGAAGUUAUAAAUCGAGGCUUGAUGAGGAAUAUCACAAAAAUGUUGAUGGAUUUGGGAUCUUCUGUAUAUCAAGAAAAUUUUGAGAAGCCUUUCCUUGAUGUCUCUGCUAGCUUUUACAGUCUUGAAUCCCAGGAAUUCAUUGAAUGCUGUGAUUGUGGUGAGUACCUUAAGAAAGCUGAGAGGCGGCUUAAUGAAGAAAUAGAGAGGGUUUCACACUACUUGGACAAAAAAAGUGAAUCAAAAAUAACACUUGUGGUGGAGACGGAGAUGAUUGCAAACCACAUGCAGAGGCUGGUCCAUAUGGAAAAUUCGGGCCUUGUGAAUAUGCUUGUGGAUGAUAAGUAUGAAGAUUUGAGUAGAAUGUACAACUUGUUCCGCCGAGUUCCUGAAGGGCUUUCCAUGAUUAGAGAGGUUAUGACAACUCAUCUUCGGGAAACUGGAAGGCAGCUUGUAACUGAUCCAGACAGAUUGAAGGACCCUGUGGAUUUUGUUCAACAUCUUUUGGAUGCUAAGGACAAGUAUGAUAAAAUCAUUAGCACUGCAUUUAAUAAUGACAAAGCUUUCCAAAAUGGUUUGAACUCAUCAUUUGAGUACUUCAUAAAUCUGAACAACAGAUCUCCUGAGUUUAUUUCGUUGUAUGUUGAUGAUAAGCUCCGUAAGGGCCUGAAGGGGUUCAGUGAAGAAGAUGUUGAAACUGUUCUAGACAAAGUGAUGAUGUUAUUCAGGUACUUGCAGGAAAAGGAUGUGUUUGAGAAAUAUUACAAGCAACACUUGGCGAAACGCCUUCUGUCUGGUAAGACGAUCUCUGAUGAUGCUGAGAGAAGCAUGAUAGUGAAACUGAAAACAGAAUGUGGAUAUCAGUUCACUUCCAAGUUAGAAGGCAUGUUUACAGACAUGAAGACCUCUCAGGAUACAAUGCAAGGUUUCUAUGCUAGCCAGUCCUUUGAUACCGGGGACAGUCCUACCCUUGCUGUUCAAGUCCUGACAACUGGAUCCUGGCCGACACAACCCAGUCCCCCAUGCAACCUUCCGGCCGAAAUUCUUGGUGUAUGUGAGAGGUUUAGAGCAUUUUAUCUUGGAACUCACACUGGAAGGAGAUUAACAUGGCAGACAAAUAUGGGGACAGCUGAUCUAAAGGCGACCUUUGGAAAGGGUCAAAAGCACGAGCUGAAUGUCUCAACUUAUCAGAUGUGCAUUCUCAUGCUUUUCAAUUCAUCAGAUCAUUUGAGCUAUAAAGAAAUCAUACAGGCCACUAACAUACCUGCUGCAGACCUAAAGAGAUGCCUCCAGUCUCUUGCUUGUGUCAAGGGUAAGAAUGUUCUUCGGAAAGAACCAAUGAGCAAGGACAUUGCUGAAGAUGAUGCAUUCUACUUCAAUGACAAGUUCACAAGCAAGUUCUUCAAGGUGAAGAUAGGCACGGUCGUGGCACAGAAGGAAUCAGAGCCAGAGAAGCAAGAGACAAGGCAGAGAGUGGAGGAGGACAGGAAGCCUCAGAUUGAAGCUGCUAUAGUAAGAAUUAUGAAAUCCAGGCGAGUCUUGGAUCACAAUAACAUUGUUGCUGAGGUGACCAAGCAACUGCAAGCUCGAUUCCUUCCAAAUCCUGUUGUGAUAAAGAAACGAAUUGAGUCCCUCAUAGAGAGGGAGUUCUUGGAGAGGGACAAGGUGGAUCGGAAAUUGUAUCGGUACCUCGCCUGAAUCCCUUGCAAGCAUUCUCUCAUCGGCACCAGUAAGCUGAUCGUUCUCCAAUGUAUCAAAAACGUGUACUCAUCAUAGUAUUUUGCUUUUAAUGUGUCUGAAUCAUCCAGAUAAAAUGCGAAAUCUUACUUUCUUCUGAAUUUAUCCAUCUUUCCUUCUA